AUGGAUAAUAGAUUUUCAAAAUUAAAAGAAUAUUAUGAAAGUAAAGGAAAGGAUCUUAAUAUGAGAGAGUUAUUCUCUAAAGAUUCGAGUAGAUUCAACAAGUUCUCGGUCGAUGUAAAGAUUAGUGAAAAGGUUGGUAACAUUUUGUUGGACUACUCAAAGAACCGUAUCGAUGAGACUGCACUUGCACUGUUGGUCGAGUUGGCUGAACAAUCAGGUGUGGCAGAGAUGCGUGACCGUAUGUUCAAGGGUGACAAGAUCAACAUUACUGAACAACGUGCUGUUUUACACACUGCCCUUCGUAACCGUGACCCAUCAGCCAAGAUUGUGGUCGAUGGUGAAGACGUGAUGGUUGGAGUACGUCAAGUGUUGGCCAAGAUGCGUUCAUUUGUUGGACGUGUGCGAUCGGGUGAAUGGCGUGGAUACAGUGGCAAGGCAAUCACCGAUGUUGUCAAUAUCGGUAUUGGAGGGUCUGACCUCGGUCCAGUAAUGGUCACCAACGCCCUUAAAUCCUACGCCGACGACACUAAACUACGUGCACACUUUGUAUCAAACAUUGACGGUACUCAUUUGGUCGAGACUGUCAAACACCUCAAUCCCGAGACAACCCUCUUUAUCGUCGCUUCCAAGACAUUCACUACGCAAGAAACCAUUACCAACGCCACAAGUGCACGUGCAUGGUUGUUGGAACGUGUAUCAGAUGCUAGUCUACACACCAAAGCUGUCGCACAGCACUUUGUAGCAUUGUCAACCAAUGGAGAGGCAGUUAGCAAGUUUGGUAUUCUUGUUGACAACAUGUUUGAGUUUUGGGAUUGGGUAGGUGGACGUUACUCGUUGUGGAGUGCUAUCGGACUCUCUAUUGCUCUGUAUGUCGGUAUGGAUGUCUUUGAGAGCCUGUUGGAGGGUGCUUACGAGAUGGACAGACAUUUCACCAGUGCUCCACUCGCCCACAACCUGCCUGUCCUUCUCGCACUCAUCGGUGUAUGGUACAACAACUUUUUCAACGCACAGUCGGUCGCCAUCCUCCCGUACGACCAGUACUUGUCACGUUUUGCCGCCUAUUUCCAACAAGGUGAUAUGGAGAGCAACGGCAAAGGUGUCACACGCGACGGCACACCAGUCUCUAGCCAGACCGGACCAGUUAUCUGGGGUGAACCAGGUACCAACGGCCAACACGCCUUUUACCAACUCAUUCAUCAGGGUACCAAGAUCAUCCCAUGCGACUUUAUCGCACCGAUCGAGUCACAAAACAAUAUUGGUCAACACCACCGUAUCCUCUUGUCCAACUUUUUCGCACAAACCGAAGCACUCAUGAAGGGCAAGAGUGAAAGUGAAGCACGUGCUGAACUCGUCAAAGAGGGUCUCUCGGGUGACCGUCUCGAGAACCUCUUACCACACAAGGUCUUUUCAGGUAAUCGUCCAACCAACUCGAUCAUGAUCCAAAAGCUCACUCCACACUCUCUCGGUGCUCUCAUUGCUCUCUACGAACACAAAAUCUUUGUGCAAGGUGUUAUCUGGAACAUCAAUAGUUUCGAUCAAUGGGGUGUCGAGUUGGGUAAACAAUUGGCCAAAUCCAUCCUUCCAGAACUUUACACCAAGGAGGAUAUUACCUCUCACGAUAGUUCUACCAAUGGAUUAAUUAAUUAUUAUAAGAAGAAUUCAAAACUCUAA